CUUUUGGAAGAAUGGUGCUCCAUACUUUCAUUACAGUUGCAGAGAUAUGUAGAAUCUAUGCCAAAAUGCACUGAAGCUCUUCUAGAUACUCGUGGUGGCCCAGUGGCAUUUUUGUGUGUUUAUCACCUGUUACAUACAGGGACUUUUGAUCAAAUCUGCACAAAGACAUGUGCAAAAUAUUACGUACUAAACAUGGUCUCACAAUUGAAAACAGUUUGUGCAAUUCGAUUCAUAGGAAAAUGCAAGAAGGUUAAACAUAGGUUUAAGAUUAGGGGUGGAGCUAGCAUUAAUAUCUUUUUCAAUUGCUUUUUUUUCUAUGUGAAAUUGAAUGAAACCCAACCACAUUGUGCUUAUUUUUUAAUUUUUUCAUUUUUUUUUUUUUUUUUAGAUUUGAAGUGAGUUUGCAUGCGAUUAUACAAAAAAAAAUACAGUAAACUAAAAGGGUGCAAAGGACAAUUGUAAAUCAGUAGUAAAAGUUAAGUAGAGUGAAUUAGGUUUAUUCCAUAGUGUACUGUAUGUAAAAUAAGUACAAAUGAAGUACUCUCAUAAUGUGUAAUUUCAUAUUACAUGUCCAGUCAUAAUAGAGAGGUAAUAAGGUAAUACAAUGUUAAGUUUGUCAUUUCAGUUAAUGGGUGCUUGAUGUCAUUGUUCAUAUUACAAUAGCUUGCAAUGGCUUGCAUCCUGGUCCAGCCAGUGUGUUUGUGCUUCCAAUCAAAUGUGUGCAAAUUUACAGAGGUGUAAAAUAGGGGGUUGGGGGAAGGUUGUGUACUCCACCCCCACUGAAAGGCCCUGAGACAAUACACUGAGUCCCAUAACAAAUGAGAAACGUAUUUUCAUAGGUAGGCUUUUCUCAAUUUGAGUUGUCCUGAAGCGAGAGAGAGAGAGAGAGGGAGGAGCUGAUACUCUGAGAUGAGAAGAUGGAUUGGUGCAGGGAGAGGAAAGAAGGAGGGAUAACGCUUUAGAAUAUGAUAAGCAGGGACAGAGAGAGGGAGAAAGCGUUGUCGUAAACGAGAUACCUUAGCACGACAAGGCUGCAUAACAACGCUCUGUCAGAAAAUCCAGAGCCGAGCCAUUACAUAGGACAGAUUAUUUUAUUAUCGCAGGCCGGUAGAUGUGCGCAGCGUCAUUCUCCUGUUUGCGCAAAUUACGCUGGACUGAGCGGAGUCACAACAGCAUCACCGAACAAGGAGGAAAAACUGCACCCUCAUCCCGAUUCCGAGCUGUUGAUUAAGGAUCCAUCUCUCACCUGGGUGUGGUCACAUAGGAAGGAUGAGGAGCCUAUUGUUUCUGCUAGCACUCUGCUCACUGGCUUUGAGCUACACUGUGGGUAGGGACGUGUGUGUUUCGGGUCAUGACAGCGGGCCAGUGUUUGAAGAACAGCCAUCCAGCCUCAUUUACCCAGAGGGGCUGCCUGAGGGCAAAGUGACACUGAAUUGCCAGGCAAGAGCCAGUCCUGCAGCCUCCUACAGGUGGCGUGUUAAUGGAACAGAUGUGGCAAUAGGAGACGACUCUCACUACACUCUGGUGGCAGGGAACCUGGUGAUCAAUAAUCCCCAACUUGGCCAUGAUGCUGGCUCAUACCAAUGCCUUGCCAUUAACCGCUGUGGCACCAUUGUUAGCCGAGCAGCUAACCUUAAAUUUGGCUAUCUCCACGAUUUCCCCUCAGAGAGCAGGAGUCCUCAGACUGUUUAUGAGGGAGUUGGGACUUUUCUGGCUUGCCAGCCUCCAGCUCACUACCCAGCUCUCUCCUAUCGCUGGAUCCUCAAUGACUUCCCUAGCUUUGUCCAGCCAGAUGGGGGAAGGUGGUUUGUGUCCCAGGUGACAGGCAACUUGUACCUGUCUAACGCCAGAGCCAAUGACACUGGCAACUACUUCUGCCUCACUACCAUUAACAUGGACAUUACCACUAAGAGCACAUUCAGCAAAGCCAUUCAGCUCACAGUGCAGUCUGACGCUAACCCCAGGAAGUCAGCCCCGAACAUCCGUGUGCGUUUUCCCUCUGAGACGUACGCCUUGGCAGGUCACACCACACAAUUGGAGUGCUUUGCCUAUGGAAAUCCUACACCUAAGUUGCGCUGGAGGAAAGUGGAUGGUGUUUUACCCUCCAAGGUUGGAGCUAGUGCAGAUAGCCCCAUCCUGACCAUUCCUGACCUAAGCUUUGAUGAUGAGGGCAUGUAUGAAUGUGAGGCUUACAGCUCAGAGGGACGGGCUACGCACCAGGGUCGCAUCUCGGUCCAAGCCCAACCGGAGUGGCUCCAGGUGAUGAGCGAUUCUGAGGUGGAAAUCAGCUCAGAACUACACUGGAGUUGUGUGGCUGCAGGAAAACCAAGACCAUUAAUACACUGGCUUCGCAAUGGACUACCUCUUAGCACACAGGAUCGUGUGGAGGUGAGCAGUGGUCACCUAAAAAUCAGCAACUUGGCACUGGAGGAUUCUGGAAUGUACCAGUGUGUGGCUGAGAACAAACAUGGCACCAUCUACUUUAAUGCAGAACUCCGAGUUCAAGUCCAGGCUCCAGAUUUUAGGCUGAACCCAGUGAGAAAGCUGGUCCCUGCUGCUCGUGGAGGCCAGGUGAAGAUGGAGUGUAAACCACGCGCUGCUCCUAAACCCUCGCUCUUCUGGAGCCGUGGCACCGAGCUCCUCACCAACAGCAGCAGGAUUACAGUCACACCAGAUGGGGUUCUGUGGAUCUAUAACAUCAGCCGUGCAGAUGAAGGAAAGUACACUUGCUUUGCUGAGAAUUACUUGGGCAAAGCCAACAGCACUGGCCAUCUAUCAGUCAGAGAUGCAACCAAGAUUACAUUGGCACCUUCCAAUGCUGACAUCAACCAGGGGGAUAAUGUCACCCUACAGUGUCACGCAUCACAUGAUCCAACCAUGGACCUCACCUUCACGUGGUCCCUCAAUGGGGUUCUGCUAGACCUUGAGCAACCAAAUGGACACUACCAUCGUAUGGAUGGGAAAGAAAGCAUCGGUGACCUGGUCAUCAUGAACACCCAGCUGAGCCAAGCAGGCAUCUACACAUGUUCAGCGCAGACGGUUGUAGACAGUGCAGUGGCAUCUGCCAAGCUGGUUGUUAGGGGCCCUCCGGGGCCCCCUGGAGGUUUGGUGGUUAAGAAUGUGAAUGAAACAUCACUAGAGUUAAGGUGGAGUCGUGGCUAUGACAACCACAGCCCCAUUGGGAAAUAUGUCAUCAUGGGCCGCUCUGAGCACGCACAUGACUGGAGGAGAAUGAGGACAGAACCCGCUAAUAUUGAGGGCAAUGCUGAAUCUGCACAUGUGAUUGACUUACGACCCUGGAUGGAAUACCAAUUCCAGGUCAUUGCCAGCAACAUUCUGGGUAGUGGGGAACCCAGCAUGCCUUCACAUACCAUUCGCACCAAACAGGCAGCACCAACAGUGGCACCUAGUGGUCUGGGCGGAGGAGGAGGAGACCGUAAUGAGCUCAUCAUCACAUGGACACCCAUGGCCAGAGAAUAUCAGAAUGGUGAUGGCUUUGGCUACAUCUUGGCAUUUAAGAAGUUGGAGGCACCAAUAUGGAUGGUGGUGCGUGUUCCUAAUGUGGAGUCUUCCCGCUAUGUCUACAGUAACCAGAGUCUCACGCCAUACUGCCCCUUUGAAGUUAAAAUCAAAGCCUACAACAGGAAAGGCGAAGGCCCUUUCAGUCAGACAGCCACUGUGCACUCGGCUGAAGAGGAGCCCACAGUGUCACCUCGCAAGAUCAAUGCAUCAGCAUUAACAGCUUUUGAGAUCCAAGUCUCUUGGGAACCCAUCCAGCAUUUAAGCAGCAAUGGCGUACUGCGUGGCUAUGAGAUCCGAUACUGGAGGCAGCAUGAGAGGGAAGCUGCAGCAGACCGUGUGCGAACAGCUGGCCUGGAGAAUACAGCACGGGUGACUGGAUUAAGACCGAACACACUUUAUCACAUCACUGUUCUGGCCUAUAACAGUGCUGGCACUGGGCCGCCCUCUCCACGCACAACCGUCAUCACCAAGAAACCCCCCCCUAACCGUCCCCCAGGGAAUAUCUCGUGGAAGACGGAUGGUUCAUGGGUAACAGUGAGGUGGGAUCAUGUUAAAUCUAUGGACAAUGAGUCUACAGUGCAGGGCUACAAAGUUCUAUACAAGCAUGAGGGGCAGUCAGCUCUAAAGGUGUUAGACAAAGGCAAGACAUCAGUUAAUCUUCCACUACCCAAAGAUAAUGGCUACGUGGUCCUGGAAAUCCGAUCUUGGGGAGAGGGAGGUGAUGGGGCAGCUCACGAGAUCAUAGUGUCUCGAGAUUCAGGAACUGGGAUGAUGGUUCAGAAAAACAGUGUGGAAAUCCCCAGAUCCUUCAGCACAUUAUUUUUUCUCUGGCAUGCUAUGGUUCUUACUGUGACUGGCUUGUCUGUGCUGUGAUCAGCCAGUGCAAAGGUUCUUUCCCAGUAAUACCCCACAGAUAUUGGCUGGGUACUCCCCAGGUGGGGUGCGACUUUAGGCAGUGGGGUUUCCGAGUAGGGAGGUUAGGGUGGUUGGGGGAGGGUGAGUGCCUGGGGUUUUCGUAAUAAAUAUGACAAACAGUAUUUGUUUUACUCUUUUGUAUAAAAAAAUGAUUUUUAACAAGAACAACUUGUGUUGUAAACCUUGCCUUGUGUGCAAAAUCAUU